AUGAGUGGCAACCCGCAGCAGCAGCCCCCGCAGCCGCGGCGGGUCACCAAUGUGGGUUCCAUGCUGCUCACCCUGCAGGAGAACGAGAGCCUUUUCAGCUUCCUCGGCAAGAAAUGCGUGACGAUGUCUUCGGCAGUUGUUCAGAUAUAUGCAGCAGAUCGCAAUGCCAUGUGGUCAAAGAAAUGCUGUGGUGUAGCUUGUCUUGUAAAGGACAAUCCGCAGAGGUCAUAUUUUAUCAGAAUAUUUGAUAUUAAGGAUGGGAAAUUACUAUGGGAACAGGAGCUGUACAAUAACUUUGUAUAUAAUAGUCCGAGACGAUAUUUUCAUACCUUUGCUGGAGAUACAUGUCAAGUUGGUCUUAAUUUUGCUAAUGAAGAAGAAGCUAAAGUAUUCUGCAAAACAGUAACAGAUUUACUUGGACGACGACAGAGAAAAUCUGAAAAAAGACGAGACCCACCAAAUGGCCCAAGUCUACCAAUGGCAACUGUUGACAUCAAAAACCCAGAAAUUACAACUAACAGAUUUUAUACUCCACAAGUCAACAAUAUUUCAUAUACCAAAGAAAAGAAGAAAGGAAAAACUAAGAAAAGAAGAUUGACAAAGGCAGAUAUUGGAACGCCAUCUAAUUUCCAACACAUUGGACAUGUUGGUUGGGAUCCAAACACAGGUUUUGAUGUGAACAACUUAGACCCAGAACUGAAAAACCUGUUUGAUCUGUGUGGAAUUUCAGAGGCUCAACUGAAAGAUAAAGAAACUUCAAAGGUCAUAUAUGAUUUCAUUGAAAAAACGGGAGGUGUGGAAGCUGUUAAAAAUGAACUGCGGAGACAAGCUCCACCUCCACCACCACCGUGUAGAGGAGGACCCCCUCCACCUCCACCACCACCUCCCCAUAGUUCAGGCCCUCCUCCUCCCCCUGCUAGGGGCCGAGGGGCACCACCUCCACCUCCUUCAAGAGCUCCCACAGCAGCACCUCCACCCCCACCUCCAUCUAGACCUGGUGCAGCAGUGCCCCCACCCCCUCCAAAUAGGAUGUAUCCUCCACCACCACCAGUGCAUUCAUCAUCUGCACCAUCUGGCCCUCCCCCGCCCCCACCACCACCAGCAAGUGGGUCAUCUGUUCCUCCACCACCACCUCCUCCUCCACCCCCUCCUGGUCCUCCUCCACCACCAGGCCUUCCUUCAGAGGUUGAUCACCAGCUUCCAGUUCCUGCAGGAAACAAAGCAGCACUCUUGGAUCAAAUCAGAGAAGGAGCUCAGUUAAAGAAAGUGGAACAGAACAAUCGGCCGGUGUCUUGCUCAGGAAGAGAUGCACUGUUAGACCAGAUACGACAGGGUAUACAGCUGAAAUCAGUAUCUGAUGGUCAGGAGAGUGCACCACCAACACCUGCACCCACCUCAGGAAUUGUGGGUGCAUUAAUGGAAGUUAUGCAGAAAAGGAGCAAAGCCAUUCAUUCUUCAGACGAAGAUGAGGAUGAAGACGAUGAAGAAGACUUUGAGGAUGAUGAUGAAUGGGAUGAUUGAUCAUAUAUUAUUAUAUAUAUUUUUUAAGCUUUUACUUUCGGAAUGAAGAAGUGUAAAUUACCGGGGGCUGUACUGGAGGCUGGCAGUUGCUACAGUUUGAUUUAUUUUUUUAAAUCAAUUUUACACGGUUUUCAGGCUGAAGGGCUGCGCUUA